AUGUGGGAGGAGAUUAGUAGGGCCUAUCGCGAAGCCUGUGCAAGUUUCAAGAAGUCAGAUAACAACGGAUAUUUUGCCGCCUUCCAUGGUGGCAAGAUGAACACAUACUACCUGCAUUUGCUCACGACAGUUACGAAGCCCAAUUUACACGCCUGUGUCGUGCAGAUGUUACCGAAAGACGCAAUAGCUGACUCAUUUGAGUUAGAGUCGAGGUCUGCCCAAAAUGCAGUGAAAUCAGUCGCUGCUGGGAAAGGCACACGAGCCGACGGAUUUGUUGAAGCCUUCAAGGAGCUCAAUCGUGUUGUUUUAGAGGGCAUCGAGCUGUUGGUCAUGUUGCGGACGAGCCUCCGCAAUAUGCGAAGGGAACUAGCUCUUCUCGAGCAAGAAGGACAAACGCAAGGUGAUAGCGAAUACGACGACUUGCAAAACCGCAUUUCUACGCUGAAAAGCUAA